CUGGAUAGAUGCCCACUAUGUCGCCGCGUCGCCAAAGCUCUGCACUCUGAUACAGGCUUUGCCGUGCCAACUUGUUACAAUGAGCAAGGCAGGAGAGCUAUCCAUCUAGGUUCUUGGACCGAGCUGCAGCACAGUCACUCGUGUUCCACAUGCUCUCAGAUUGUCCUCAUAUUUGAAGCUCAAUCUUUGGAACGCGAGGUCAAACCAGAUCCAACGAAGGUGCAAUUUUGGCUGAUUGAUCCGAGGCCAAGUACCUUCGUCUACGACUCGAGCAUCAGAUAUAUGACCCGCCACUUGAGUUCUUCAUCCGGCCUGUGGGUCAAGAGCAUCUAAAACGGGCCGUGACUCUCCUGGAUCCGCAAUGGUUAGAUUGGGAACGAGUCGAGCGAUGGGUGAAGACUUGCGACUCAUACCAUCUGAAAUGCUCGAGUAGACUCGCUAGGCCCUUGAUUACGCAGGCGCGGUCAAUUGGCUGGAAAAUUAUGCUAAUCUGCCUCCCUGAUCAGUGUCUCGUUGACGCUAACGGCAGUGAAAAGUAUGUUGCUCUCAGUUAUGUCUGGGGUUGCGACCAAACGCCAUUAGCAACGACCAAAUCAAACCUAGAACACCUGAGAGAAAAAAACAGCUUCUCUUCGCCAUGUGUUCGGAAUCGGCUCCCUGGUGCCAUAAGAAGAGCAAUGGAAUUCACACGUCUACUUGGCGUUGAAUUCCUUUGGGUGGAUCGACUGUGCAUUGUGCAAGAUGAUCCCGUGCAUGCAACUUCCCAGAUAAACAGCAUGGGCAGUAUAUAUUCCGGCUCGUAUUUGACUUUGUGUGCCUCGGACGGACAGGAUGCUGCGACUAGCCUGCGUGGGAUUGAACAAUGCUCAGAACCAAGGAAUAUCGUGCAGGAAGUGCUAGAUUUCGAUGAUGGUGCCGGAAUCACUCGAUGGGCAAAAAACAUCAAGUAUGAGGAUACUCCCUAUCCCAAACGGGGUUGGAUUUUCCAGGAACAGGUACUGUCUCCAAGGAAGUUGUCUUUUACCGGAAGCGGAUUGAGCUGGGAAUGUCAAACAGUACGUGGAAAUGAAAGAGACAUCGAAGACGAGCCCAUCGGUUACAGUUUCGGUGAAUACACCAUUGUCCACGAGGAUACAUUAUGGCCGUGUCUAAAGAAGUGGGACAAUCUUCUCACUGCCUUUCUACGUCGCGUACUCACAUACAAAAGUGACAUCCUCCGAGCUUUUUCAGGAAUCGUCGAGGCGCUUGGGGACUCUGCCCUAGGAGAUUUCCAUUACGGACUACCAGAGCAAUUCUUCGACGCAGCUCUGUUGUGGAUUCCCGAAGAUUCUUUGACACGGCGCCGAGACGAGACGAGAGGUUCCCAAGCUGACUCCUUCCCGAGCUGGUCAUGGGCUGGUUGGGAAGGCGCUGUGAGCAGCCAAAUAGAUUACUUUGGUCUCUGCCAUGAACACUCUAAUUCGUUUGAGGGCUGUUGCCAACUGGACAGAAAUAUCUACCCUUGUGUCGCUUGGUUCAAGGUCAAUUUGGAGUCUGUCGAGGACCGGAUGCCAGAAAUUCAAGUCCUUGCAAGAGCAAGGUCACGUCGAACCUAUAGUUUCUACCACGUCCUCUGGAUUGAAUGGUGUGGUAAUAUUGCGGAACGGAGGGGUUUAGGCCGGGUGGAUCAGAGUGUGUGGGAUGCUCUGCCACAGAGUAAUAUCACAGUUCACCUUGGUUAGCACUGACCUACCAAGGCAGAAAAAGACAUGGACCACUGCGACCUUUAGCCUUGUAAUUAGGUAUGGCUUCUCAUCCGGCAGCUCAAACGCUAGCCCAAGAAGUCGAGGCUAUCGAAACUAACCUCCAUAUUCCGGUCGCAAAGACUGAUGCAACUGGGGAAGUCAAAGGACGACUCGCUGUUCCAGACGUCGUCGCCGAAGUUAAGUUUUCCUUGACUCAUUGCUAGCGGACUAUAUGCGAGAGUUGCCCAGAUUCCACUCUGGUCCCGGACAAAUCCUGUUGGAGUAAUCUUGUGGACAUUGAAGUCGAUGGAGGUGCUCGUCUUUCUCGAGGCAGACUU